GAUACAGUACCGCAGGAUAUCUGAGGGUCAGAGACAAGAGAUCAUUACCUGCUUUAGACCAGAGGAAGGAGAAGUGCCUUUUUGUCAACCUUCUACAGUGGUGACACUGAACACACAGAAUCUUGACCAUGAGAAGUGUGCGUGUGUGUUUCUGCCUGGCUCUGCUGCUGCCUUGGUGCAUCCAGAGUCAGAGGAGCAAUCCCGCUCUUGCUAAACUCGAUGAGGACACACAGAGGGGCAUGCUGGCUGUCGACAUCCUGAACCGCAGCGGUUUGUUGAACUCAUUGCUCCGAUCAGAGCAUCACAUUGUGCUCCGGCCAGAACGAGCCCCUCGCCCAGCCUCCCAGGUGCCAAAGAGAGCCCAGCAGGGGUCUCGCUUCGCCCUGUCCCUCGAUGUUCCCACCAGUAUCCUCAGUGUCCUCAUAGACCUGGCCAAGAAUCAGGACAUGAGAACCAAGGCGGCAGCCAACGCAGAACUGAUGGCACGAAUAGGCAAGAGGAAAUAAGAUGCGGGGCCCCUGGGAGCUGUCAGGGGCUCAAUGGACGAAGUCUCACCUCACAGAGGAGUUCUCACAUUGUUGCAGCGACACUAUUAGAAACAAUGCUAGUUCAGGUGAAAACAGUCAUUACGGUCAGUAUCUGUCCUUUAGAGCUUAGAUCUGCUUUACUUUUAUACCACACUCUACACCCAGACUCCUCCAUGGACUGAAUGAAACAGAAGAUAAAAGAAAGAAUGAUG